AUGAAAUAAAUAGUUUAAUCUGCAAGACUUCCUUCAUCACCAAUUUUUCAUAAAAAAAAACCAACUGAACUAUAGAAUCCAUUAGAAAAUUUAGUAAGAGUCUAAUCACCUUGUGGAAGUACAACAAAUAAUGCAUUUGGAAGAUGUCCUACAGUGAAGACUUUAAAUAGUGAUAGAGAUCCUGUUGAACUUACAAUAACAUUAAUGUUGAAUGAUUAAAAGUAAAAGGAAUGAAUGAAAAUAGAUUGAUUGUACCAAUAGGAAUAAAUCAAAGCACUACAGAUUUAUAUAAGAAAUUAAUAGGCAAAGUUAAUCAAAUAAACCCUACAAUAGUGCAUUAAAUUAAACAUUUUUAAACACAUAGUAGUGUUAAGAAUUACAAUAUUGAUUACUAUUUAUCACUUGAAUAUCAUCCGUUAGAUGUAUUUAAAGAAUAAAGACAUUUGAAAUUAGAACCAUAUGUUUCAAAAAAUGUUAAUACCCAAUUAAGCAUUGAGGAUUUUGAGAUACUUAAAUGCAUUGGAGUUGGGUAUUAAUUCUAAUAUAAUAUAGUGGUUUUUCACGUGUAUAUUUAGUUAGAAAGAAAGAUAGUGGAUAUUUUUAUGCUAUGAAAUUGAUUGAUAAGAAUUUCAUUUUGAAUUCAAAUAAAGAGAUUAUUAUUAAUAAUGAGAGAUAAGUAAUGGAAUAAUUGAAUUCACCCUAUUUAGCCAAAUUAUUUUAUUCAUUUGAAACCAAAUAUUAUUUAGUUUUUGUAUUGGAGUAAAUUUACUAUUUUAAUGAUAUAUAGAUAUUGUGCAGGUGGAGAAUUAUUUUAUCAUUUAAGAAAACUAAGAAGAUUGAAUGAAGAAUUAGCAAAAUAAUAUUUUGUAUAAGUAUGUUUGGCAAUUUAAGAAUUACAUCAAUAUGGAGUUGUUUAUAGAGAUAUUAAACCUGAAAAUAUACUAUUAGAUUUAGAUGGAUAUAUUCGUUUAUCUGAUUUUGGUUUAGCUAAACCAAAUAUGGAUAGAGAAGAAACAGCUUUUUCUUUUUGUGGUUCUCCAGAAUAUAUGUCACCUGAAAUGCUUAUGAGAAAUGGACAUAACUUUAUGGUAGACAUCUAUUGUUUAGGAGCAUUACUAUAUGAAUUUAUAUGUGGAUCUCCUCCCUUCUAUAGUAGGAAUAUUGAACAGAUUUAUAAUAGCAUUUUAAAUGAUAGAAUAUCAUUCCCUCCUUAAUUUGAAAUUCAUUAAGAUCUUAAAGAUUUAAUUUCAAAAUUAUUAAUUAAAGAUCCUUAAGUUCGUUUAGGAUCUAAAAAUGGAAUAAAAGAAAUACUCUCACAUAAAUGGUUUAAAGGAUUUGAUAUAGAAGCUUUGGCUAAAAGAAGGUUAAAUAUUAGUUAUCGUCCAAAACCAUUAAGUUAUAAUUUUGAUGAAAUAGAAUUUAGUAAAGGAGAUAUAGAAUUUUAAAAAAAAUUGUAAGAUAAUUUGAGGAAAGAAAAAUAAGUAAUAAGUUUAAUAAUAGUUAGAGUAAAUAUAAUCGAUAUUUUCCAAAUUUUGAAUAUACAAAUAAAAAUAUUCUUGAUAGUAGAUAGGGUAUAUUAUAACUUAUGUUAAAACAAUAAUAAAUAUAAGGAUAAUAAGGAUUACCAAAACCAUAAUAAAGAACAUUAAUUUCCUUAUCUCCACUUUCAAUGGUCAAAGGAAUAUCAAAUAUAAAGGCAUUAACUUAGAGUUCAUUUAAAUAGUAAUCAUAAUGCAAACGUUUUAAUACUGAUAUUGAUAUAGGUAAAAUAAUUAAGAAUAUGUGA